UCUUCUCUCUCACAUAAUCAGAAACAGACAAAAGAAAAAAAAUACAAAAUUAUCAGAUCAAGAACAACACAGGAGAGAAGAGCCAGAUAUGUCUUGUGCCGUUGCACUGGCGAAUUCUCCAGUUUUUUCACCAUCAUCGUCAAGGGUUUCUUCUGCAAUCUUUUGUAAGAGUAGUGCUUGUUCGUCUCCUGAAGCUAUAUCUCUUACCCUGAACAAUCACCAUCAUCACCAUGGAUCAUCAUCUUCGGCGGCUACUUCGUCUUGUGGGUCUCCUUCUCCUUCUUCUUCUUCCACUUGUGCUUCGCCGUCUUCGCCUUUUAGGUUAAGGUUUCAGAAACCAUUAAGUGGGUUUAGACCUUCAAAGAAGGAGACUUCGCCUCCAACGCUUUUGAAGAGGAAGAGACCGGCUAAAAUUGAUAUUCCAAUUUCUGUGUUGGGUUUCGCUGCCGCGACGACUCCUGUGCCGACGGAGGUGAUGAGGGAGGUGGAGUUUGAGAUGGAUGGGGUCUCUGUUUACUGUAAGAAAGGGAGAAGGGAGCUCAUGGAGGAUCGGUAUUCUGCGGUCCUUGAUCUCCAAGGAGAUCCCAAACAGGCUUUCUUCGGUGUUUUCGAUGGACAUGGAGGGGCAAGAGCUGCAGAAUUCGCAGCAGAGAAUUUGGAUAAGAAUAUCAUGGAUGAAUUGACACGGAGAGGAGAAAACGAAAUCGAAGAUGCUAUUAAAAGUGGGUACCUCACCACAGACUCAGAAUUUCUGAAAGAGGAUCUCCGUGGUGGGACUUGCUGUGUUACAGCACUGAUUACAAAAGGUGCUCUUGUGGUCUCUAACGCUGGUGACUGUCGUGCUGUUAUGAGCAGAGGAGGAAUCGCAGAAGCUCUCACCUCGGAUCACCGACCUUCAAGGUUGGAUGAGAAAGAGAGGAUAGAGGCCCUGGGUGGUUAUGUGGAUAGCUGCCAUGGUGUGUGGAGAUUACAAGGGUCUCUAGCAGUAUCAAGAGGAAUUGGAGAUCGAUCCCUCAAACAAUGGGUAACUGCAGAGCCAGAGACUAAAGUUUUAAAGAUUAACUCAGAAUGCGAGUUCUUAAUUCUAGCCUCUGAUGGCCUAUGGGAUAAGGUUGGGAAUCAAGAGGCUGUGGAUAUGGUUCGUCUUCUCAGCAUUGGCACUGAUAAGCCAGAGUUGAUGUCUGCAUGUAGAAAGCUUGCAGAGCUUUCUGUUAUGAGAGGCUCAGCUGAUGAUGUUAGUGUCAUGGUAAUCCAAUUUGGUCGAUUUAUUUGAAUUUGAUGGAGAGAUCUCACAGUGAAACAGCAGAAUUUUUUAUUCUGCCUGCAAGUGUGUUUUUAGAAGAAACUUGCAGUUUUAGAAGAUUUUAGGCUCAGGUUUUUGUAAUGCUUUCUGACCUGAAGACAAGGCAGAUCCCCCAAGUCCCUUUGAUUCUAUUAUGGAGAAAGGGCAGGGCUUCUUGAGAGAUUAGAUUGUGACUUCCCCCACCCACUUAUUAGUUGUUUAACCAUUUUACCAUUUUUUUUUUUCAGCUGGAGUUUUCAUACAUCCAGUAUGUAGAAGACUGACAGAUGUCUAAACUUGUACCGAGGAUAACCUGAAUUUUUUGCAUUAGUAAAUGUGAAAAUUUAUCAUAA